AUGGCGGACUGCGCUAGCACGAGCAAAGAUGAAGCUGCUGAAUUUGAAUCAAUAACAGUGGAAACAAAUACUAGUUUUACUAAUAAAGAGUUAAUCAGCAUGCUGAAUCGGGAUUUGUUGAGCAAGAUAAAGCCUGAAGCUGAAUUUGCAGCAAAAAUUCUCACAAACACGCUUGAGAAGGAAUAUUUCAAGCCUUUGUAUUGUUUUGUGUCAUCACUUACUGAUGCAUUUAGACAAUGCUGUGAUUGUGCAAAUAAAGUGGGGGGUGAUAAUCUAUGUGCUAUCAAAUAGAAGGAGUUUUCGGUGCUUAGAUAUGACAAAACGUCGGCACUACAUCAGUUGGAAGCAACUUGUGGCUGAUACAUGUGGUACAAAUGCUCGCCAAGUCGAAGCGAAAGCGAAGAUUGUUUAUCAACACAUUUUGCAGUAUUUUUGGAGUUUUGUGGCACUGAAAUUUAGUGCAACUGAUGCGAGCUCUGAUAUCACAGGAAUUGGAGUUCAAAAGAUGACCGAUUGUGUGGAUGAAGCUGAAAAACAAGCUAUCCGUCACCAUGCUGGCUGGGCG